AUGGAGUGUGUGGUACAAGGAAUCAUUGAAACGCAGGUAUGAUUAUUAUCUUAAAUGGUUGAUAUUAUAGACACGCAGACCAAUUUUUUCGUUUCUCUAUUUGAAAGUAUCUUCGCGAUAAGAUAAUUUCAUCAAGAGCCAAUAAAAAAUGUGCACAGUGGAUCAUUCUCAUCAGGACUCUGAUGGCCGACACUUUCUGAUUUCGCAUUUCCUAACUCUGCUUCCCAUUAUCUUAUGGCCCCCAUCACCUGAUCUCCAGUGUCAGUUUUGUUCCCAGUGGAGCUGAAAAAUAGUCACUCCACGAGUUCAUAUAUUCUCAGUCGCAAGUUAAAGACUAGAUCUUUGUGAGCUGAUAUUUUCAUGCGUCCUUUCAUCUAAAGAAACUGUCAUUCAUUAGUUCUUGAAAGUUAUCGUGGGUCAGCUUGGUUCUUCACCAAAUCCGGAAGCAAUGUUGUCUCCUCUCACCAUUCAUAAGCUCUGUAGUUUGAGAUAUGCGUGUGGCUUGUAUGGUCUCCUGGAGAAAGACCAAGCCUCAACAAUACAACAUCUUUUCUCUGCCCAUGGGGAAGAUAUCCUCGAGGUUUCAUCAUUGGAUAAUUCAUAUUAAUUCAUAUUAAUGCUUGUUUAUGAAUUAUGUAGUAAUUUCCCGCAUCUGUGUUUGGAAGAAAUAUUAUAUCGGUACAUUAAAAUAUCUGUGGAGACCCAAAAAGAAAUUUUAGUUUCUUCAUCCGCAGGAACCUUUAUCUUCACGCAUCUUUGCAAAAAUGCUGAAGUUAGUUUUUCAUUGCCAAAGUUAUUUUUUGGUCCGAAAAUGCUAGAGAUCUUUGUGAUGUUGCAUGUAUCUUCCCCAGGCUUUGAAUGCCUAGAUAAUCUGGGCAAAAAACUUAUCUUGCCAUGGUAUAUGGUAUGUACACAAGAAUCCAGAGGGACUAUCAGAUUCCACCCACUCCCUAUUUAACAAGAAUAAAUGUUUAUCUUCUCGUUUAUGAUACUUUUAGGCUAAUUUUUAGCUUUUUUUGCACUACUAACCUUUGUGCUCAAGAAUUCAGGGUGACCAUCAGAAACUUCCUCACACUUCCUAUUUUAACAAAUUAUGAUUUUAUUUUCUCAUUUAUGAUAUUUUAGGCUGUUUUUUUUUCUCCUAUUGUAAGAAUCCAGACUGUGUAAUGUUCCUUAUGAUUCCUUUUUAACGAAAAUUGGUUUUUAUCUUUUCAUUUGUGAUAUUUCAUGCUCAUUUUAUUAUAUACAUAAACAACCUUGAUGAUGAUGUGGGUUUAUCAUUGUUCAUCAUUUCGUUCCCAAGAACCCUGAGUGACCAUUAGAAGCUUUUAUUUUCUCAUUAAUGAUAUUUUAGGCUAUUUUUAUUUUCUUGGCCCUAAUAACCUUGAACGUUUCCUUUUUAUUCCUAAGCAUUUUCUUACGAGCUCCCAAUCCAACAUAAAUGGAUGUUUAUCGUCCCAUUUAUAAUAUUUCAGGCAUAGUUUUAUUCUUCUCGCAGCAUGUUGAGGCCCUAGAGAUUCUUCUUCAAGGACUAUCUGGUGUCCGAAAGGAGCGCUUCAGGAUCCAUGAGUUAUGCCUAAAGAGUGGUCCGAACCUCGGUGAGUUAUCAUUCAUGCUGCCCACAUCAUGCUUCCCUGAUUGACCUCAGCUCAUCCUAGAAACCACGCCCUCAUUUUCCAGGUGUCGUCUCGUCUGAACUGAGGAUAAUGUGCGACUUAGAACACCCCACACCGGCUUGGUAGGCCCUUCCCUUCUGCCACGAGUAGAUCGAUCCAGUACCAAAAUUCCUUAUUGCUGGUCAAAUUACUAUCUUUAUCAAACUUACCAUUUGGGUUUUUUAUAAAAAAAAAAUUAUAGGACUGUUCGUCAUGUGGGUGGCGCCAUGAGGGGCUCCGGCGCAGAGCAGCUGUCAGUCAUGGUGCGGACAAUGGUGGAGAGCAAGGCCAGCAAGAACAUACUGAGGUUCUUCUGCUUGCUGGGCUACAGGCUAGACCACGAGCUGCUGAAGGUUGGCUCCACCUUCCGGUUCCAACGGGGAGUGAGGAUCACUGUCUCUGUGACCUCAGUCAACAAGGUCCCGAGGCUCCAUGCCACCGAAGAGGCUGUGCCAGUGACUCCUGGGAUCCAGCUGGUCGAAGUCACCGCCCCCGCUGCUGGUGACAACUACAAUGAAGUUGCCGGCGCCAUUUCAUCCUUCUGUGAAUUCCUCGCUCCGUAAGCCCCCUACGGUUUUCUCAUUCUACUUGGGCAUGUGGAUCCAAGAUCUCAUUUUGGAGAUGAUCUUGGUGUUGAUUGCAGGCUGGUUCAUCUCUCAAAACCAGGCGUUUCGACAGGGAUUGUUCCCACCGCUGCGGCUGCUGCUGCCUCUCUAAUGUCAAACAAGAGCCUGUAG